CCGGCCGCUGAGUCGUGUAGAGUGAUCUGGGGCUGCGCUGAGGGGGACGGGGAGUCUGAACAAGUCCGUAGUGCGGCCGCGACACCGGGACAGCAGGGGACGAGGCGCCCAUAUGACUGAAGACGGCAGCAGACAGAAGACCAUUCCUCCUAGGUUCACAGACCUCCUCAUGAGCAGGAUAACCUCACAGCGUUGGUGGGCAGCAACUCUCACCAUACAGAAAUAGGUCCCUUGGAUUCCAGUUUUGAGGAGACGCUAUUGGAGAUGAGGACUUCAGAAGAACAAGCAGCCACCACAGUGUUGCAGAGACUGCUGCAGGAGCAGCUACGUUACGGGAAUCCUAAUGACAACCGUAACCUGCUGGCCUUGCAUCAACAAGCUACAGGGAACGUGCCCCCCUUUGGUGGAGGUCAUGUAUCUCAGAACGAGGGACUGAAUCCUCAAGACUCCCAGUUAGUUCCACAUGCUGCCCGCCAGGAGCCACAAGGGCAGGAGAUCCAGGUGGAGAAUAUGAUGGAGAAGCAGAUACCGUUAAGAGCUCAGAACAGUGAAGAGCUCCCGACUUAUGAAGAGGCCAAGGUGCAGUCUCAGUACUUUCGUGGACAACCUCAUACUAGUGUUGGAGCUGCUUUUUAUGUAACUGGUGUGACUAAUCAGAAAAUGAGGACAGAAGGUCGCCCCACAGUUCAGAGGGUUAACACAGGUAGAGUUCAUCAGGACGAUGGCCUAAAGGACCUAAAGCAGGGCCAUGUACGGUCCCUUAGUGAACGACUCAUGCAACUUUCACUAGCUACUAGUGGUGUAAAGGCCCAUGCCCCUGUUACCAGUGCCCCUCUCUCCCCACAGCCAGGAGAUUUCUAUAAAACCACUGGAUCAAAUGAAGUAUUCAAGAAUCCAUCUCACAUUGGUGGACAGAAGAUGGAACACAGGGGUCCUCCUCCUGAUUACCCUUUUAAAAAUAUUUCCACUCUACCAACUCAAGGAAAAUCCAAGGAGAUGGGGCAUUAUUACGGGGACCCUAGAGGCAGUCAGCAGAAUCGUUCAGAUGGUCCAAUGGUCCGUUACCAGCCUCCGCCAGAGUAUGGCUCAUCAAGGCAAAAUCACGAUGUGCAACAACAUUUUCAGCAGAGAUCUCCACACUACCACAGUCCCACCUCUUCCCUUACAUCCUUGGGAUCUAUGAGCCUCAUACAGUCCCCUCCACCGUCAGGCAUGUCACCAUCUCAACAACAGCUUCCCUCCCCAAGCCAUGGGGAAUUCUUCUCUGGGACACCACGGCCUCAUCAAAUGUCCAGUCAGUUUCACCAUGGAGACUUUUACCGCAUGUCUCAGACAUACCUUGGUCAUCAGCAGCAACCACCACAAAUGGACCAUGCAAGACCACCCUCUUUACCCUCCCCUUAUUCCCAGAUGCAGGGCGACCCAUUUGCCAUUGUUUCCCGGGCACAGCAGAUGGUGGCUGUUCUGUCUGAAGAGAACAGGUCUCUACGCCAGGAGCUGGAAGGAUGCUAUGACAAAGUGGCAAGAUUUCAAAAAAUGGAGAUGGAAAUCCAGCGAGUCUCUGAAGCAUAUGAAAAUCUUGUAAAAUCUUCUUCCAAGAGAGAGACUUUGGAGAAAGCUAUGAGAACAAAACUGGAGGGAGAGAUCCGAAGGAUUCACGACUUUAACAGGGACCUCAGAGAACGAAUGGAAACUGCUAAUAAGCAACUUGCAGCAAAGGAGAUUGAGGGAUCAGAGGACAACCGGAAGACCAUAUCCCAACUACUAGCACAGAAUAAAGACCUACAAAGAGAGAAAGAGAAGCUGGAAAUGGAGUUAUCUUCCUUGCGGUCCAUGAAUGAGGACCAAAGAAGGCAUAUUGAGAUCCGAGACCAAGCCUUAAAUAACGCUCAGGCCAAGGUGGUGAAGUUGGAAGAAGAAUUGAAGAAGAAGCAGGUAUAUGUUGACAAAGUAGAAAAGAUGCAACAGGCUUUGGGCCAGCUCCAGGCUGCCUGUGAGAAGCGUGAACAACUGGAACACAGACUACGCACCAGGCUGGAAAGAGAACUGGAAUCCCUACGAAUGCAGCAGCGCCAGGGGAACUCUCAAUCCGCCAGUGUUUCUGAGUAUAAUGCUGUCGCCCUAAUGGAGCUACUCCGGGAGAAGGAGGAGAGAGUGCUAGCUCUUGAAGCAGACAUGACCAAGUGGGAGCAGAAGUACUUGGAGGAAAGUGUUAUGAGACAGUUUGCACUAGAUGCCGCUGCUACUGUGGCUGCUCAGAGGGACACCAGCUCAAUAAGCCAUUCUCCUAGUUCAAGUUUUGAUACCACUGUGGAGGCCCGUAUCCAGAAGGAAGAAGAAGAGAUACUUUUGGCCAAUAGAAGAUGUGUAGACAUGGAAGGAAGGAUAAAGACUCUUCAUGCUCAGAUAAUUGAGAAGGAUGCCAUGAUUAAGGUGCUUCAACAACGUUCUCGUAAAGACACCAGCAAAACGGAUCAACCAUCUUCCAUGCGUCCAUCUAAGUCCCUUAUGUCUAUCUCAAAUGCCAGCUCUGGGCUACUCUCUCAUUCUUCUACACUCAGCAGUACUCCUAUCUUGGAGGAAAAGAGAGAGGACAAGAGCUGGAAAGGCAGCUUGGGAGUUCUCUUAGGAACAGAAUAUCGCUCAGAGUCCAUCUCAUCCACUCCGUCUCCUGUACUUCCAUCCACACCCCAACUUUCUGGACAUUCAAAGUCUGGUAGCAAAGACUGCUGCACACAGACAGAUAAAAAUAAUGAGCAAAGCAAAGCCCCUUCAGUGGCUGCAUCUCCAGGCCCGGGGAGGCUGGCCACUCCGAGCCCCAUGUAUAGCUCUGAGAAAACAGAUGCAGUUUUCCAGUCCAGCACUUUGGAUAGAAAAAAUCCCAUCCCGUCCCUGGACCAAGAUCUUACAGAUGGGGAAUUGGUGGAAUAUCUUAUAUAAACAAGAUAUUUCAAAUUUUUUUUAUUUUAUUUUUUAUUUUAACUAUUAUGGUAUUUAUAGGAAGAUCUACCCCAAACAUAUUUAUACAUAUUUGAAGAUUUGUUUUUCAGUCAUGCAGACUUUUUAUAUUUGUAAAUUACAUAAAUGCCUUUUGUACAGAACUGAAGGGACUUUAGUGCUGAAAGUAAUCUAUAAUUGUUGUCGGAAAGACUAUGAAUGAUUUCUCUUUGUCGCUUAAAGCACAUGGGCCAUCUGCUGGCAGAGGACUUGGCACCCAGUCUUGUUGGUUAACAUUUUUGGAUACAUAGGUGAACCUUUGUCUUCUGAAUGUAGAAGGAAUGAAAUAAACUCCAUUCUCCUGGGCA